CAGGACGUCACCGCGGACUGCAGGGGCCUGAGCCGCUGCCGCCGCCGCCUCUGCCCCUGUCGCGCAGCCCCACAUCAACGCAGGGGGCCCCGUCAUCACCGCCGCCAAAAAGUCGCUGCCCCUAGGGUCGCCACCGCAUCGGUGCAGGGCAAGAUGGCAUCCGCCACAGACUCGCGCUAUGGGCAGAAGGAGUCCUCGGACCAGAAUUUCGACUACAUGUUCAAGAUCCUCAUCAUUGGCAACAGCAGCGUGGGCAAGACAUCUUUCCUCUUCCGCUAUGCAGACGAUUCCUUCACGCCUGCCUUCGUCAGCACUGUGGGCAUUGACUUCAAGGUCAAGACCAUCUACCGCAACGACAAGAGGAUCAAGCUGCAGAUCUGGGACACAGCAGGGCAAGAGCGGUACCGGACUAUUACCACAGCCUACUACAGGGGUGCCAUGGGCUUUAUCCUCAUGUAUGACAUUACCAAUGAAGAGUCCUUCAACGCUGUGCAGGACUGGUCGACCCAGAUCAAGACAUACUCAUGGGACAAUGCCCAGGUGCUGCUGGUGGGAAACAAGUGUGACAUGGAGGAUGAACGGGUGGUGUCGUCGGAGCGUGGCCGGCAGUUGGCUGACCACCUUGGCUUUGAGUUCUUUGAGGCAAGCGCCAAGGACAACAUCAAUGUCAAGCAGACCUUUGAGCGCCUGGUAGACGUCAUCUGCGAGAAGAUGUCUGAGUCCCUGGACACGGCCGACCCUGCGGUCACCGGCGCCAAGCAGGGCCCGCAGCUCACGGACCAGCAGGCGCCUCCACAUCAGGACUGCGCCUGCUGAGAGCUGCCUCCAGCCCCAUCCCGGCCCCACCCCUGCCCACCCCCUGGGCCUGAUCCAGUUCCCACUGGCCCAGGGCGUGAGAACCCCCCUGCCCCCAACUUAGCCCCUCACCCUUAUUUAUUAUCGUAGUUAUUUAUUUAUUUAUUGGAGAUGUCCCCCAGGGACUCAGGCUCCCCACCCACCCCGUGUCCCGUCCUGUACAUACAGCCCUGUCCCCACCCUGCCGUGGCGUGGCGUGGCAUGGCCCUGUGAACUCACCACUCACCCUCCUCUCAAGACCCCACCUUUUUUAAAAUUCACCCCCAACAACAGUUACCGGUUUUGCAGAGGGGGCCCGAUGACCCCUCCCCCAGGGCAGGCUGAUUGGGUGAUGGGAGGUAGUCGGGUCUGCCAGCCUCUCGGCUGUGACACGGUGGGCCAAGGCCACUGUGGGGGUCUCAGCAUGGACCAUGGGGUGGAUCAGAGCCAGGUAAUGGCCCGCCUGGCUCCUCACCCCCAAAGUUUUACCCUUAUUUGGAGGUGAGGGCUGCUGUGGGUACUCGCCACCCUGGGGACCCCCCCAACACCAGACCUGUUCUGACGUCAUGAGUGUCAAAUGUUCCCCCCAGAUCCCCAGGAGAUGUCAUGACAACACUACACACACCCAAUAAAGUGAAUGGAUGACACCGUGUC